ACUCUACUCGUAAGCAUAUAUAUAGCGGCGUGCGAUGCAACUUGCUCAGUCAGUCUCGAGACACGCUACGGAGAAUAACGUGGAAGAGAGAUUAUUUGAGCACCUCACGCACGCGUCUUGCACCUCUCCUUCAGUCUCACUCAUCAACAUGUUCGAUAAAAUGACAACUCUGGCAGUGGUGAUGGUAGUGGUGAUUGUGAUUGCACUGAACAUUGACGGUGGUGCAGCUGGUCCAGUGAAGCCACGACACAACCCUGUCUCAACUGGUGGUGACGCCGGACAGCAGCACAGACGGUCUAGGCGCGCCACCGACCUGGUAGACACCAGCUGCAAGGGUUACUAUGACAGGGACACCUGGAACGAGCUACACCACCUGUGCGAGGACUGCGACAACCUGUACAGGCAAUUCCAUUUCCAGGCCAAGUGCAGGAGUGACUGCUUCGCCUCAGACGUCUUUGCCACCUGCCUCACUGAUUUGGGCAAGAACGUGGAAAUCUACCAGGCCAUGGCCGCUUCUCUACGAGGCUCCUAAUGCUCUGCCGGGCAAGGUUAGCACUCACCUUGCUCAUCUUGGAGGGAAACAAGUGUGUUGGGUAUUUAAUAUUGCCUCGGGUGGGCGGUGAGACCCUCUAGUGACAUGCCGAGGUCUUACUCAGUGUAUGGCUGAACUUGAUCUCAGGUGUGACGUAUCGCAGCACAACUAUUUAGCAAGAAGACUGAAUUAAACUGGCAUGGCAGAGUGUUCGUAACAACAUAGGAUGUCAGUCAUGCCAAUUUUCAGUAGAUCCUGUCAGUGGCGCGGGUCUCAGCCAUGGAUUCAUUAUCCUCUUUAAAGAAGAAAUAGGUGUUGCCUUACUGAAGCUUUUAUAACUUUCUGGUAGGGCAUCAAGGCAUCACAUUUCCGACACACUCUUUUUCACCACAGAAGCCUUGAAACCAAAGAAAAUUGAGUGACGUGAGAUAACUAGUCUUGUCACAUGACUAUCGGGCCACUCCUGCCUGACAACUGUAACUUGCUAGUCAGUAUAUUUCAUGAUACUGUUCUUGGCAGCUAUUGUUCAUGUUUGAUUAUUUAAUUUAUCUAUUUAUUCAUAAACACAAAAUUCUCCAUGAUCCACCUGGAAUGUUAAUUGAUGAUUGAGACAGACGUACUCUUUGUACUCUUUGUACUCUUUGUACUCUUUCUUGUAAUGUAUAACUACCACAUUCCUAUUUUAAUACUGAAAUAUAUUAAUGUAUUGUUUUAGAGUUCGCUGUCUUCAUUCAUCUCGAAACGAGUCGAAUACACAUUUAUUAUGUACACCAUCCCCUCUCAGUAGCUUUGUAACGAAAAGUUCACACACCUUACAACGACUGUGGUCAAUACAAAAAAUAAAAUAUAUUAAUUACCCUUUCAUUAAGGAAGUGGUUGUUAACACCGCGGAGGUUCUUAUUCAGAUUCAGCCCCGCCACCGCCACCAGUCUUUGUAAUAACUUCUCCAAUAGUCAACAAUAAUCGUGGACUAAUCGAAGAUCUGUACACAUGCGUAUAUAUAUAUAUAUAUAUAUAUAUAUAUAUAUAUAUAUAUAUAUAUAUAUAUAUAUAUAUAUAUAUAUAUAUAUAUAUAUAUAUAUAUAUAUAUAUAUAUAUAUAUAUAUAUAUAUAUUUUUUAUGUAGGAAGGACACUGGCCAAGGGCAACAAAAAUCUAAUAAAAAAAAAAUGCCCACUGAAAUGCCAGUCCCAUAAAACGGUCAAAGCAGUGGUCAAAAAUUGAUGAAUAAGUGUCUUGAAACCUCCCUCUUGAAGGAAUUCAAGUCAUAGGAAGGUGGAAAUACAGAAGCAGGCAGGGAGUUCCAGAGUUUACCAGAGAAAGGGAUGAAUGAUUGAGAAUACUGGUUAACUCUUGCAUUAGAGAAGUGGACAGAAUAGGGGUGAGAGAAAGAAGAAAGUCUUGUGCAGCGAGGCCGCGAGAGGAGGGGAGGCAUGCAGUUAGCAAGAUCAGAAGAGCAGUUAGCAUGAAAAUAGCGGUAGAAGACAGCUAGAGAUGCAACAUUGCGGCGGUGAGAGAGAGGCUGAAGACAGUCAGUUAGAGGAGAGAAGUUGAUGAGACGAAAAGCUUUUGAUUCUACCCUGUCUAGAAGAGCAGUAUGAAUAGAACCCCCCCAGACAUGUGAAGCAUACUCCAUACAUGGACGGAUAAGGCCCUUGUACAGAGUUAGCAGCUGGGGGGGUGAGAAAAACUGGCGGAGACGUAUGAUCUGUAGUUUUGUAAUGCCUGAAGUUAAACCAUCAGGGCAGAAUACCUCGCAGCAAAUAUAAAGAAUAUAACAUG